AGAGUAGCCCAGGGCCCAUACUCUGACGCGAGUCUCUUCUUCUCGACAGCCUCGCACUGCGACCCCAACAUCCCAACCAUACGACCAUAUAACAGCCAUGCUUGCCCGAGCCUAUGUCCUGGCCUGCUCCCUUGCCCUCUGCUGGCAAGGCGCCGUAGCAGCGCCCGUGAGCAGGCAGGCAGUCCAGGCCUCGCCCGGCUGCGGCACGUCUCAUAGCUUCAUCGGCCAGUCGCGCGAGUUCAGCUUCGAGAGCAGCGGCGGCACGCGCACGUACCGGAUUCACCUACCGUCCAACUACGACAUCAACGCACCGCGUCCCUUGCUGAUCGCGUACCAUGGCUCGGGCGGCAACCCAGCCAGCUUCGAGGCGGAGACCAACUUUGCCGACGAAAGCAUCAACCCGGACAUGAUCACCGUGUUUCCCGCCGGCAUCAACGGCAACUGGCAGGGACCGACGUAUGCCACGCCUGGCGUGAGUGACAAGGUCUUCACGACGGAUCUCGUCAACCGGAUCAAGGCCAACUACUGCGUAGACGAGAGCCGCGUGUACGCCGCCGGCAACUCCAACGGUGGCGGGUUUGUCGGCACCUUGGCCUGCUCGCCUGGCCACGGCGGCCAGUUUGCUGCUUUCGCACCUGUGGCCGCGGCACUGUACACGGACGUCAACGGGGACGAGAGGUGCACACCAGCCCGCUCACCCUUGCCCGUCCUCGAGACCCAUGGUACGAGUGAUCCGACGAUUCCAUAUAACGGUGGGAACGGGAGAGGAGGCCCUCUCCCUGCCAUUCCCGAGUGGCUUGGUCGCUGGGCUCAGAGGGAUCAAUGUACCACGUCCACGACGAAGGAUCUUGGCAAUGGUGUGACGGAUCAGAGCUGGACGUGUGCUGGAAUCCCAGGUCUGCUUCGACACAUCAAGAUUGAGGGCCAUGAUCACAGCUACCCUGGGGCUGGGAAUGAUCAGAUCUACAUUACGCCGGUGAUUCUGGAUUUCCUGAGGGCGCAGUACAAGCCAUAGGUUCAGGGGCACGAAAUUUAG